AUGGACGAACUGUCUUUAUAUACCGAUCGUACCUCGCGGGUCUCCGCGCCGACAUACUUCGUGUCCGAACGCUUAGUCCCCGUGCGGUUUCAGUCGAUCGAGCAGCUGUUUUGGCAUUGGGUGAUGACGAUUCCGGCAGUUCCUAGGUUAACGGCGGCCAGUUGCCCGCGGCCGUACGCCACACGACGACCUUCCUAUUCUGCUUAG